GCUUAUGGUCAAUGGUCAUUUAUUGGUCAUCAUUUUCUUAGCAAAUGGCAACAUAAAAAUAUUAUUCACAAAUUAAAAAAAGCAGAAGGAAAAGGAAAAAAAAGGAAUUCCAAUAAAAAAAUCUUGUUAAGUGAAAAAAAUUGUUUUUUUUCUUGAUCAUUGGAAUUCAUUUUUUCCAAUUUUAUGGCGUUUCAAUUUAUAGUCAAAACCCUGAUUUAAUUUUGUCAUUUUCCUCAAUUUUCAUUCAAUUUAGGGUUUUAUUUGAGUUCAAAACCGGCGCGCUCCUUCAAAGUGGAAAAACUACCGAGAUGGAAAUGUCAAAAUCCAUUGACAACUGCAGUGACACUCGACUAUAUUACCCACAGAAAUCACACCAUCAACCAUAUCCAAAAUGAACGACGUGAUUAAUCAGCUGAUUAUUCAAAAAUACCUAACCCAGAUACAGAAUUUAACGUUGAAGUCUUUGGUCGAACUCAAGGCACAUUGUGUGCAAUUCGAUGGGAAUUUUGAAGCAGAAUUUCAUCGAUUGACAAACGAUUGUGUGGCCCAGACAUACAGGGACUUCAUGAAUGACAUUCAACAAGGCAAAACACCAAACUACUCGUGCGAACUGAAUUACCAGGAUGGAUUUGAAAGGAAUGUCGGUGUUGAUUCAGAUCCUAAUGAAGAAAGCCAUGACACCAUAGAACGAAGCCGGCUAUGUUCCAACAACACGGCAUCAUCGUCUGUAUCUAAAAAGUUUGCAUGUGUCAUUUGUCAAGAUGCUAGAGCACAAACUCAAUAUAGUUCGAUCGAGAAUAUUCAUGCUCACUGGGAAGCCGAACACAACGAUGGUCAACUAUUCCAGUUCUAUGUCGUUGAGCCAGUGGUUCAUUUCCUUCAGAAGACGUCCACGGAACCGAGCAUCAGCCGGGUGUUGUUGAUCGUCAGUCAAUUGGAUCAAUGCAUUGGGUAUAUUCGAAGUAAUCACCAAGAAGUGAUGCGAUGUGAAAUGAUCAGUCCAUUUCGAUUCACUGAUGACCAUCUCAAUGAAUUGCUAAAAAUCAACUUCAAUCACGAUCACACCAAUCGCGAUGCAAUCUAUGACCCGGUUGACCAAGAGCUGCCGCAACCAUGCUCAAUUUUAUUUGUAGUUUGUUCAUAUUGUCAGUCAAAAGUUGAUGGUAACCAAUUUAUGUUGCAUGUUAGAGAACAUGUAAGAAAUGUCCGCUGCAUGGAAUGUAACCUUCAAGUCGGUACAUUGGCGGAUCUAUUUUUGCACGACGAAAAAGUGCAUGGAAUCAAUUCCACUACCACCAUCGAAUUACAUUGUUCCGAAUUCGUCGCACAAUCCGAACAAACCUUCCAGAAUAGCAAAGUUGUAUUCGCUAAUGGACUGGUGUUGCACAAUCUUAAUCUCGUUGGUACUGGGUACGACAAAAGCAGCGCUCAUUCUGCAUUCAUCCAGGUUUUGAUCGAUUUGGAAAUGGCCAAAUAUCGGAAACUUUGCCAGCCAAAAUGUUUGGAUACUAAAGGCCGAAGUGAAGAUUCCUCGGACGCUACGGAAGUAAUCGACCAAAAUGAAGUUAAUUCUAAUCAUCAAGUGCUUCAAUCUAUCGAAAAUCACCCAACUGUUCCACCUCAACCCAAUUCAUACGCCAUGGAACUAAAGAAACAGAACGAAAUUAGCAAAAUUCUAAUGAUCCGCGGAAUUCCGGAAUUGAACAAUGAAAACUUGACCGAAAUAUUCAUGGCAUUGUGCAAAAAAGUGAAUGCAAAGGUUGAUGCCGACGAUAUUCUAGGAAUCGAACGAUGUGACACUCGACGAGGUACUAUCAUUGUCAAAUUGAAGCAUCUAAAAGACAAGAGGACGGUUCGAAAACUCGCCAAAGAUUUGUGGUCGAAUGAUGUUGUUAAACUACCUCCGAAGGUAGUCAAGACAAAAGUGUAUGUCUACUCACAGCUGACAGAAUUUUUCAAUAAAAUUCUCGAAAUUGCCAAAUCAGCGUGCGCUCAAGGUGCUCUUCAUUCCUAUCAGCUCACCAAGGACGGUGUCAUUGUAAAGCGUACACCAGAAAGCAUCGGACAAAUUGUAUUAUCCAAAAAACAACUCGAAGACUAUAUACGGUCAUAAUAGUCCUAUUGAACUUGAGCCGGAAUGAAAUUUCAGUUUUUUCUCAUUAAUUUUGCUAUUUUUCAAAUAAAUAUUCACAAUUUGAUGUUUAUUAGAA